AUGGGUAGCCUUGAGGACGUCUAUCGACGCUGGGAUGCUUCUAUUGAAGCAAUACAGGCGGGGCAGAAGCGGGCUCUCGCGAAACCUCGCCUUGAGGCCAGAUUCAUCAAGUCCGGAUCGAUCGUCGUUCCUGGGAUGAGCGAUUCACAUGUGCAUUCUCUUGAGUACGGAGCCUCGCGUAUCAUUCCUCUCGAAAGCGCUCGUACGCCUGAAGAGGCCGUCGCCGCAGUCAGGGCAUUUAUCCUAUCCGACGAGGACAUUCGUCAAGACCCGGACAAAUACGUGCAAGGUUGGGGAUGGGACCACACAAAGUGGCCGGAAGCCAGCUUUCCUCUCGCCGCCCACCUCGACAAAGAUCCCGUGGUGCGUGCGCAUCGCGUUGCGCUCGAGGCUAAGGACGGACAUGCACUCUGGGUGAACGCCCGGGUAUUGGACGAAAGCGGUCCGCUACCUGAUUAUGUCGAGGGCGGAGUUAUCCUGCGCGAUGAACAGGGCGCGCCAACGGGCGUGUUCAUGGAUAAUGCACAGAGUCUCCUACCUGUACCGCCGCCAACGCAAAGGGACCUGGAAAAGCAGUUCAAACUCGUGGUCGACGACGCAUUAUCCCAUGGAUUAACUGCGGUUCAUGAUGCUGGCUUUGACCCAAAGUCUUUGGAGUUCUUCAAAGUUCUUGCAGCGCAAAAUAAGCUACCGAUUCGGGUCUAUGGGAUGACGUACUUCGAUGAACACGCCGAUUAUUGGGGAGACAAAAUCAAGCCCAUCAUCGGUGCGGCGGAUGGCCGUUUUACGGCGCGCAGCGUCAAGUUCUUCGGAGACGGCGCUCUGCGCACAGGCGGUGCAGCGCUGUUCGAGCCUUACACCGACAACCCGGAAUCCAACGGGUUCAUGAGAAUCGACCCGGACGUUCUCAAGAACGCGAUCACUCGCUUUUUGCGUGAUGGUUGGCAAACUAAUAUCCAUGCUAUCGGUGACCGCGCGAACAGCAUCGUCCUGGACGUCUUCGAGAGCGCCCUAGACGGGGUCAACGUCACAGCACUACGUCCACGCUUGGAACAUGCGCAAAUCAUUCGACACUCCGACAUGACUCGCUUGGCUGAGCUGGGCGUCAUUGCCAGUGUCCAACCAACCCAUGCCACGGACGACAUGUACUUUGCAGAGCAGCGCCUGGGCUCGGAGAGGGUUAAACUUCUAUACGCAUUCCGCGACAUCAUUCGACACGGCGCCAGGAUUACCCUAGGCAGCGAUGCGCCGGUGGAGACUCUGGACCCUCUCCACAGUUUCUUCGCUGCCAUCUCUCGGGUCGCUCCCGACGGUACUUCGCCUCAUGGACCCGAAGGGUGGUUUGCCGAACAACGCUUAACUCGCGAAGAAGCGCUAAAAGGUAUCACGCUCGAUCCUGCAUAUGCUUCCUUUACCGACGAAGAACUCGGAUCCAUCGAGAUUGGCAAGCGAGCGGACUACACUAUCCUAUCUCAGGAUAUCAUGUCCGUACCCACAAUGGAUAUUCUUAAGACCAGGGUACUUGCCACCGCCCUGGAUGGCCGCAUCGUAUUUGGUGGAUUAUGA